UGGCCGGAAGGAGAAGGUCGGGGAAAGCAGAAGUGGGUCAACUGAGUGCAGAGCAGCAGGAGAAGCUGCAACAUUUUAAGAAAUGUGCUUCUUAAAAGGCCCACUGACAUCUGUGAGUUUGCUGCAGAUCACUUUUCCAACCCGAAUCUUCAAGCGGUUAUUGCCUCCAAAAUGGAAGGAACCAUGGAGUGAAACCAAGCCAACAGUCCCCAUGUGUCACCUUUUGUGUCUUUCUCUGUACGAAGCAACACAAGGGUGGACCCUUUGUUAAAAAAAUAACUAACUCAUGCUUGUAUUAAUGCAUAAAUAAUGAAUACAUUUGUUUCAGGCACUAAUUAUUCAGUGUAUAACUUUAUUGACAGAUUUUUCAACCGUACAAACACAGGGAGCCAGCUCGGAUGCAACAUGGUGACGAUGGUUCCUAAUGAGUGCGAUUUAAAGGCAAAGAAAAAAGGGCCUUUUAUUUUCGUAAUACUUUUUGCAAAUUCUUAAAGUGAGAAUAAAGCUUGACCUCCCAUUGUAUAUUUUUUGACCAAGUACUUGAUAUAAUAUAUAAUAAUAAUAAUGAUUAUCCGUCUUUUCUUGCUCUCUAAUUCAGAUCAAUUCAGUAGUAUUCAGAGGCUUAAUGGAAUCACGUAAUAAAUCACACACACACACACACACACGCACACACACACACACACACACACACACACACACACACACAGGGUGUGUUUAAAUGGGAUGCACCUAAUUUGACUGUUGACUCCGGGUAACCACCCAGCCAACUCGCAUCAGCUGUGAGUUGAUCAUCAAAGGAACAACACGCGCAUCUUCACUCCUCUCUGCUUUAAAUUGCAUUGUUUGAAGAAUCUACCUGGUAGCACACGCAGAUUAUGUAAGUAAAAACCUAUUAAGACAUUAAUCAAGACGCUUUUUUGUUUCCCUUUGUGGUGUGUUGACAAUUGUAAUUGUAUGUCAUUUUGUCGAAGGCCUUAUGUUGCUUAAACAUGCAUGUAUAAAUGUCUUUUUUUGUUUCUAAUCAUGUUUUUGUAUUAAAACAUUAUUAAUCACAUUUUAUUUCUACACAUCCAUCAAGAGCAAACAAAUUAAAUGAAAGCAAACAACAUGCAAAUGUUAAGGCAUCUCUAUUAUGUGAGAUGCAAUGUUGAAUUUAAAGUUUGAGUUUAUGUAAAAGUGAUGGAGGAAGAGGGGAGGAGCAGACCAGCAUAUCAUGUACUUGCAGACAUGUUUUUCAUGGCAUGUUAUGUUCUAAAGUCCGUGGAGCUAGAUGGGUAACAAGGGAGGCAACUAUCACAACCCCCCAGAGGAGGAAGAGUAAAACUGUAGGGAAGAUUGCACAGAGACAGGCACCAUAACAACUAGAGGCCUCAUAACAAAACAUAAUAACUUUCACAAUAUGUUACAGAAUAGAACAGCAUUACGAAAUGCAAAGGAUGCUGUUGAUUGUUUGUUGAUAUUAAUUCCUUCUUUUCACUCCGUCGUCAUCUUCAACAGACAGACAGGUUUUCCACAUGGCCCCAAACGGAGGGACGUUUUUCUUUCUGCUCAUUGUGGGCUGUGCAGCCUUGGAUGUACCACCAGAUGGGAUGCCUCAAAAUAAAUGUGACUUCAAAGACAUUGCCGAAAAAAUGAUGAGGAAGUGCCAGACUGAAGGUUACCCCGUGCCGGAGAGGAUGCAGCUGGAAACUAUCUUCAAUUACAGUGACUUUCUUAUGGCAACAAGAAAUCAAACUUCCGGCAGCCUCAUGUCCACUUUUCUCAAUGUCCUGUAUUCUGUUACCCCUGACGGGGUCAACGAAGGGAAAAACAAGACGUGGAAUUUCCGGGACCUUCCCAACAUGCUCAGGCUGAUGGAGAACUCCUCUGUGGCGUCCGCGUGUUACAUGCGAGCCUUUGUGGCCCCUCUGUGCUGGAAGACUUUGACCACACAUAAUGAUGACAACAUGACGGCGGACGAGUAUGACGCGCUGCUCCGGGCUGCCAAACCCGCUCUGCUGAAUAUGCCUCUUACUGGAAUUGACCUUCCCACUGAUGUCGGAAGAGGCCAAAACCUGGAAAAGAUAAUGGAGAUGCUGAUGGAGGUGUAUGAGGCCAUGUCUGAAGACCAAAGGACUCAGGUGGUAAGAUGGGUGAAAGAGCAGAUCACACUGAAGUACUUCAACUGUACAACGAGGCCUCCGUCUGACCCGAGAUCAAUGCUGAUGAAGAGCUGCAAACCUUCACUGAAAUGGCUAAACACGGAGGCGUUGACCAUGAUGGGGCCUUACGUCUCCCGUCUAGCGACUAAAGACGUCGAUUCUUCUCCCGACAAACAGCUGUGUGGAUUUUUCCACUCAGCCCAGUUCCAAUCCACUAUGAGUAACAUCUCUAAUAUCAAUCCAAGCCUGGGCGAGAAGUUUCUGCAAAAGUUUCAAGAGUGCUUCAGUGGAGAGCAGGAGUUUGCUGAGAAUGUGGACAAGCUCGGCAUACUGGCCUGUUAUUACUCCCCUGCUGCAGACUUGACCCCCGACAUCAGCGGGAAGCUCCUCUCUGAGCUUAUCACCUGCGAUGAUUUCAGCAACCCUAAGAUUACAAAGAUGAAGAAGCGUCUCAUCGAGUCUGUGAUGUCAAAGGCGAACGGCACCGAAGCCCUGGGCCGGCUGGGCAGGAGUGUUGCCUUGCUCUCCCCCACGCAGCUCUCCCAGAUUCCCCACGAACAACUCAAAGAAUUCCUCAAAAAUAUGGGACCCGGCGUCCGAUGGACGAAGGGCCAGCAGCGCGCCGUGGUCGACAAGCUGCUUUGCGGCGAGUGCGCAGACGUGUCCAUCGAGGAGCUCGUGGACCUUCAGUCGGUUGCAGGCGGCUUGCCGAGCAGCGUCCUCAAGCACGUCAAGAGCAUGCCGCCUUUUGCGGAGGGCCUGAAGAACUUGACCAUGGGGAUGAAGAAGGGACAGCUGGUGGCCAUGCUGCAGGGCUUGCUUGGGGAAAUGGAUCCUUCGGAGCUGGUGCGGAAGUUGUCCGGUCCCUUGCUUCGCAGGCUUCCUCUGAACAAACUGGAGGAAGCAAACAUCCCUUCCUUCCUCUCCCUGGACACAGUGGCCGGUAAAAUGUGGUCGAUGCCGCAGGCAGCUUUCCUGGCAAAACAGAUGCACGAACAAAAGAACUUUCGUUGGAGGCCAUAUUCGUUCCUUCAGGGAGUACCCUGCGAGAUGAUCGACAAUGUAGCAGACACCGAUACGCAGGACAUGGCUCAGGCCGUGACCGGGGCUUCGCAGUUCCUCUCCAAAGGGCAGGCAGGAUGUGCAGCCAGAAAGCUCUUUGCAACGAAGGAGAAAGAAAGAGCCGACUAUUUCAAAACCAUCACUGAGGAGGAGAUGAAGAAUAUUCCGACAUACCUACUUCUUCACCUGCAGCCCACGAAGGUGAGGGAUCUGCCCGCCUCGGUGUGUCCUGCCUUCCUCGUCAAGAUGCAAGAGGCUGACCUGAGCUCAUUGCCCCAUCGCUCGCCUUCUCGCGCCGCACUGACCCAGAGGGCUCUGCGUUGCCUGGCCGAGGCUGCUGGCGUGCCUGGACCGAGGGGUGCUGAUGUGCAAAGGCUCGGGCCGCUUCUAUGUGAGCUUCAGCCUCUCCAGCUGCUCCUCGUGGCCCCCGAUGUCCUCAACUCCAGCCUCCAGCAGAUGGCUUCCUGCCAGCACAUUCCCCAACGCCACACGGCAGAUAUGAUACAGCUGGUCACGCAGACGUUCGGGGAUCCAUCUUAUUGGUCAGCUGAGACGAUGAAAGCAGUGGGUCCUCUCCUCCUUCUGGAUGAGGACGCCACGUCCGCCCUACCCAAUAAGUCCUGGAUGAAGGACGUCCUUUAUUCCCUGAGGUCGGGCAUGCCCCACCCCUCCAAUGCCCUUAGAAGAAAAUUAUUUGAUCUGAUCACCACCACAUCAAAUGCAGGAGUCACCAGUAGUGAUGAUAAAGAAAUAACUGUGGACUUGAUCGAAGAACUGGGAAUGGACAACGUCUACUGGACACACACCCAGCUUGCACUGAUGUUGAAUGAAACCUUCCUCGCUGCUUUCGAAACACUCGGCGCCGUCUCUGACUUCAGGGCCGACCAACUGGCCGUGCUCCGCAAAAGAGCAACCGAGGCUUUUGGCCCCGUGUCCCAGAUGACGGAGAGUGUGGUGAUGCUGAUGGGAUGCAUAACUCCGGGCUUCUCCAACGCGGACCUGCAGAAGCUCCCCUUCUCACUGGACGCUCUGGAGGAAAUUGCCAAAUGUGGCUGGAAUGAGUCACAGAUGGCGUCGGUGUGGACGGCUGUCUCUGCAUACAACAACCUGACGGCGCAGCACCUGGGAGCCGUGGAGAUGGUUGCUCUGAGCCAGUUCAUCUGUGGCCUAAGCUCCACAGAGCUCCAACAGCUCAACGUGGACGCCUUCAAGGACGCCGUGGGCUCGAUGGAUGGUGUCCGAUGCUCCUCCGAGGUCAUGCAGCAGAUUAAAAGUCUUGCUGUGUCAGCCUUUGGGAACCCCAACACCUGGACCGUAGCACAAGUGUCUGAGCUGGGCAACAUCAUGGCUGGGUUGAAUUCUACCGAGUUGGCUUCUUUAGACCCGGCUGUCUUCUCUUUCAUCAGCAUGUCCUGCGUCCCGCUCAUACAACAUUUAAAAGCGCUCUCUGUUGUUCAGGUGGAGGCUCUUGGACCGGACAGCGCUGCCAUGGUUACCAGUGAACAGCGAGCCACUCUGAGUGAGCAGCAGCUGGCCGCUCUCGAAAGGGCAGUGACGGGGUCACCUGACCAAACGCAGACACCUGGCCAGUCGGGUACUCCAUCGCUGAAUGCUGAGGGAAUCUCAGCUUUGGUGAAGCCCUUCCUGUUGCUCCUCACGGGGUUCCUGCUGCUGUGAGAAUAGAAAGCCACAACAUUCCAACUGAGAAACUCACAAGUGCUUCAUAACCACACACCCAGCCGCAUUGACAUUAGCUACACUACUAGCGACUGUCAUUUUUCAAGUUUGUCGUUUGUGAUGAAGACAUGUUUCUCAUAGAUAAGCAGAGAAACAGGCUUAUUCCAAACAUUCAGUAAGCCACAUAAUGAGCUGAUAUUGCUGUGUAAGGAAUCUCUAUAAUUGCUUUUAAAUAUUCUGUCAACAGCACGAAGAGGAACAUUUGUCCAUGUGAUGUAUCUGUAUUUUACAGUGUACUGACAAAAAGAAGAUGAAAUAAAAAUGACAAGUGAUCAAACUCAAUAAAGAUUAAAGCUGCGAGCAGCGUUGGA